GUGCCAUGCCCGAAGUUAGCCUCUACCACGAACGCGCGUUCGGCCGCUGCUCAGGGCUCAUCGUCUUCACUUGAUCGUCUGUCACUGAGAAGAGAUGUCGCGCAAGAAACGAGGCUACAAAUGGGAUUGGAAAGAUAAGAAGAACAAGAAGAACCAGAAGCAGGAAAAUGACGAGGACAUCUGCCUAUGGCGCUUUCUCUCCAUCAUGAAAAUACCUGCCUCCGAGUCGACACUGGUCCAUGAUCCGCACGAUCGGGUUCAUGUCGACAUCACCUCUCUGCCUGCAUCCAUAAGAAACUUCCCUUGCGAGAUCCUUUGCGAGAUAUUCCUCAUCGUCGUCUCGCUGUACCCUGCGUCGUCACGCAACCUCGGAGCGCCCAGGUUCACUCGUGUCUGCCGCGAUUGGCGCGCUAUAUCAGUCAGCUAUCCCCAGCUUUGGACGACGGUCAACAUCAAGUAUGAUGGCAGGUACCUCGCAGAUAACCUAGAGGUCUACAUAUCGCUCUCCGGCAACCUGCCCUUGCACGUUCACGUUGCCGGCAUAGAAAGAUAUGGCGAGCGAGGCGAAUGGGACAGGCCGCGAAGCUUCGCGAGAGAGGAGACGGCAAGAGCGCUCAAGGACCUUGCGGCGCUCUCCGCUCAGAGGUGGAAGACGCUCGCGGUCACGGCCGACUUCGCUGUAUUCGCCGCACAAGUGGAGGCUCAGACCCCGCUGCUCGAAUCACUGGUUCUUGAUUCCGACACUUGGCCUAAAGACUACAGAGGCGAACUGCCGCUAGACUUUGUGCGACACGCACCGCUCCUGCGUACAAUCACCAUCGACCUCGGGUUCCCUGAUAUAGUUUUACCGUCGUGGAAGCGGCAGGUCACGUCUGCGACCUACUUCUUGCACUCAGCAUGCGCGCUCUGUACGGUCCUAUGCCACCUCAUGGACGCGAAGGAGUUAAGGAAGCUCAGUAUUCUUGACGCCGACGCCGAACAUGGCGCGUUCGACGACUGUUUCAUCAACAUGCUGCUCAGCCCCACCACCUAUCACGCUCCCCAACUCAGGACGCUGAUCGUAUCUGGCUGCGCGCAUGCCUUCCUUCCCGUCAUCGUUGCUCCUGCCUUGGAAACUUUGACUGUCUGCCAAGACCACGAAUGGGAUGACCCGGAGAUGUGGCCUGAGGGUCCCCUGUCGUCUCUGCUUUGGAUGAUACAGCGAACGACUCUGUCGUCGCUUCGCAUCCUCGAACUGAAAGACAUCGAAACCUAUGAGCAUAGAUUCGAUCUUUUGUACCAGUGUCUGGACGCUCUCAUUGCCCUUGACACGCUGCGGAUCGAAGAACUCGCAGACACCGUGUCCCACCGCGAUUCCCUCCUGCGGGGCGAGCUGCUAGAGUGGCUUACAUAUAAGGAGUCAUCACCGACGCAUCUUCCUGACCUGACGCACCUCACGUUGCGCUCAGGUCGCAAGUCAGACGGUGACUUGGAAGGGCUGGUGCGACAACUCCUAGUGUCGAGAACAACGGGCGGCUUGGUCGAUGGUGUUGCGAGGAAAGCGCUGAUCCAUUUCACGUCUAAUCUAGGUCCGGAAUUUCAGAUACCUUAGCUUUCGCGUAGUCAGCAUUAUUGCAUGCACACUACUUUCCCUCUUAACUGCCU